CAGUUUACCGCUCACUUCUGUAUAUCGAAAAAUCAACUCAAAACUUCUCACUGCUUCAAAAUCAACCCUCUCUCUAUCUCUCUCUCUCACAUAUAUAUAUAUAUAUAUAUAUAAGUUUCAUGAGCAAAGUAGUGAAUAUCUCUUUGCUCCAAGUCGUAUUUAUUCUCGAAAUGAAUGCUGAUUGAUCAGCUCAUUUUAUCCCUUACCUCAGAAUAUUGAAACACAGAUUCAAAUUCAAUCACUCACAACAACAACAACACCAAAAAAGAAAUUAAAAAAAAAAAAAAAACCUCAUUCCAUCACAAGUGGAUAAGAAGUAAUCCCUCUUCUCCAGGUCUCCAUAUCACACUCAAUCUCCCCUUAUCCUUCUCUCUCAUCAUCAACAGUCAUGAUCUCCCCCAAUUCCCUCUCUCUCUCAUAAUCCGAUCACCACCGCAAGAAGAAGCAGAGCAAAUUCAGUAUCCUAUCAUCAUUGGAUUCGAAUUAGGUUAAAGUUUGAAUUCGGAGAUUAUUAUAAUUCAAUCACAGUCAGUCAUGGAUACUGAUUACCUGCGGGAGAUGGAGGGGAAGGCGGCGCACGACCCCUACCUCCGCAAGCCGGCGCCGCGGGUGGUGGCGGGGCCGCUGAUCGUCGGCGCGGGGCCGUCGGGGCUGGCCGCGGCGGCGUGCCUGAAGGAGCGCGGCGUGCCGUCGCUCGUGGUCGAGCGAUCCAACUGCAUCGCGUCGCUGUGGCAGCUCAAGACCUACGACCGCCUCAAGCUCCACCUCCCGAAGCAGUUCUGCGAGCUCCCGCUCAUGGCGUUCCCGCCGGAUUUCCCGACGUAUCCGGACAAGCAGCAGUUCGUGCGCUACCUGGAGUCGUACGCGGCGCGGUUCGAGAUCCGGCCGGUGUUCGGCCAGGCGGUGGUGAGCGCCGCCUACGACGGGAAAUUGCAGAUGUGGCGGGUGCGGACGGCGGGGGCGGGGGCUGGUGCGGCGGAGGAGGCGGCGGAGUACGUCUGCAGGUGGCUGAUCGUGGCGACGGGGGAGAAUGCGGAGGCGGUGGUGCCGAGGAUCGACGGAUUGGACGGAUUCGGCGGCGACGUGGUGCACACGAGCGGAUACAAGAGCGGCACGGUUUACGAAGGGAAGAGAGUGCUCGUCGUCGGCUGCGGGAAUUCCGGCAUGGAAGUCUGCUUGGAUCUCUGCAAUCACAAUGCUCACCCUUCGCUUGUAGUGAGAGAUACAGUGCACAUUCUACCACGAGAGAUGCUGGGGAGAUCGACUUUCGGGCUGUCCAUGUGGUUGCUAAAGUGGCUGCCCAUGCGCCUUGUCGACCGAUUCUUGCUCGUCUCGUCGUGGCUCGUGCUCGGUGACACGGCCCGUUACGGGCUCGACAGGCCCCGUGUGGGGCCUCUCGAGCUCAAGAGCCUCUCGGGGAAAACCCCGGUUUUGGACGUCGGAACCCUUGACAAGAUCAAAAGUGGAGACAUCAAGAUAUGCCCGGGGAUUGAGAGACUACGGUAUAAAUCAGCAGAAUUUGUGGAUGGAAGAGUGGAAAAUUAUGAUGCAAUAAUCCUAGCAACUGGUUACAAAAGCAAUGUACCAUGUUGGCUAAAGAAAAGUGAGAUGUUUAGUGAGAAAGAUGGGCUCCCAAAAAGGCCAUUUCCGAAUUGCUGGAAAGGCGAGUGUGGGCUAUACGCGGUGGGGUUCACCAAACGCGGCCUUCUUGGGGCAUCUAUUGAUGCCAAGAACAUUGCUGCUGACAUUGAGACUUCUUGGAGGCAACAACAAACCAUCUCUCAAUCCAAUUUCAUGCAAAAACACCUUUAAUCUCUCUCGAUGAUGACGAAGAUUGUAGCUUUGUUUGAUGUUUCCUCCGUUUUUAGGUCAAGUCUCGCCCCGGCUGAUGUCUGGGGGAUGAUCAGGGCCGGGCAGGGACGAGGACUCUGCCCGGCCCUCGGAGCCGUGAGAUGGACUUUGAACAAGGAAGAAAAAAUGGAUGGAAGAAAAAUUAAUGGAGAAUUUUUGGGGGUGCUAAUGUUUGAGAUACAAAGAUUGGUACCAAAGGAAUCUUCAUGAAAAAUUAAGGUUGAUUUUGUUAGGGUUUAUAGUAGUAGUAGUGGUGGUAGUAGUACUAGGUGCAGUACAUUUUGUACAUGGAAAUUUUCCUCUCUAAUUUCAUUAGUGAUUUAUUGACUUUUAGUUGAUAGGUGAAGAAUUCUUGAAAGCGGAUUUGAGGGUGUCGCGUGGUUUAAUUAUAUGUUAAUUAAAUUCCUGCAAAUGUUUUAGUCUUACUAUAUUUGAAAUGCGAAAAAAAGAAAUUGGAGUUUAUUUGAUUUAA